AUCGACCGUUUCACCCGCACUGCGAACCUGCUAUCGAUCGCUUUGCGUUUGAUAACGCUAACGUGUCCAGUGUCCAGUGUUGUGACUUUGUGAUUUUGUUAUCUGUGUUAUCGCUUUUUUAGGAACAUUGACGAUCCCUACCUUUGAACCGUCGCCUGCGCCGUCGCAGCCGCUCCAUGAGCAUUCCUGGCAUGAGAGUAGAGUGCGUGCGCGGUGCGGCGAUAUGGUUGCGUGAGCGGUCAUCAUGCGCCUCUUCCGCGGGCCGAAGCGCAGGGAAGUGACCGCGCCGCCCGCCGCGCCACCCGCGCCCCCCGCCGCCGCGUCUCCGCGAAGAGACGCUCCCCCGUCGCACGCCCUGCACGCCCCGCAGGCCCCUCACCACUACACACUCGUCACCGCACUCCCAGCCAUGGUUAUGGAGGACGAUGUCAAGGAAAUGAAGAAAGUGUUUGCAACGUGGGGUCGUCGAAUGGGCAAGAAGCUAGACAUGUUGAAGAAACCUGAAGGAAAAGAAGCUUCCGAAGAAGUACCAUCCACAGAACCUAUCAACGAUGAAUCACCGUUGCCUAUAACAGGGCAAUAUAAGAAAAAACAAAAUUGGAAAAUGGGACGCAGUAGUUCCGACUCGAAUGCUCUUAAAAAAGAUAAUGACACGGAUUCAAUUCGAAGCGGCUCAAGAGACCGAUCGCCAAGUCCUUUCAAAACAUUCUUCCAUAGAAUGGGUUCGACUGGAAUGUUAAAUUCAUCCAAAUCUCAUUCUCUUAAUUCUCAUAGAACAUCCGAACAUAGUUCUAGCCAACCAAAUACUCCUUCUCUUUAUCGCAGUUGCUCUACCUCUCAUUUAUCUACUUAUGUCAAAGCUGAUGAUCCCUCCGAUGGAAUAGACUUGCAGAAUAGCGAAAAUGACAGUAAUAAGUCAUCUCCCCUAAAACAGAAACAUAAUAUAAUAUCAGAUGAAAAUUUGGUAAGCUCUUCAACAAAGGCGAUUAGCUGUGACAAUAUUCCUAAAUUAGAAGGGCAAACAAAUACUCUAUCGAAAAAACCAAAUUUCCCAUAUGCAUUUUUACGUUCAAAAUUAUCGGUUUUACCUGAAGAAAAUAGUAUGGCACACAGACCAACAGUUUCUGUAAGGCAAAGCUUUUCAGAAAGAAUAGACAGAAGAUCACCAAAGUUUAGAAGGGAAAGAUUAUACCUACCGAAUUCCCGUUCAGAGGAACGAUAUCAAAGCAGUGAUAAUAUAACCGUCCAUGAUGAAAACAUAUUAUUUAACUCGAAUCUGAGAGAAAAUUGCGAUUUUACAAGAAGCUCUAUGAGAAGUGUUAAUGAUCUUGAUGCAAAUAUCUAUUCAUACAGGAAAAAUGACGAUAUCUCUAGACGUUCAUCAAUGAUUUCACAAAGGGGACCGUUAGAUUAUGACCCUAUGCUGGUUCCAAGAAACAGAAAUAGCCUGCCAGUAUAUGAUUAUUGUGCAGGACUGGGAUCUUCACAAGAACUUAAAACGGAUCUUGCUUCUUCAAACCAAAGCAUCCAUCAAGAAGUUCUACAUGCUCAUCGCCUAAGCAAUUAUGUCAGUUCGAACGAAUCGGGAUAUGAUAGCGAUAGUCGACCAAUGGAUGAACAUAGUAAUCAUUCCCCACCAAUAUACUCAUAUCAUUUAAUAAGCGGUACGGCGAGGGCUGACACGAAUGUAAGGCACUUUGAUGGUAAUAGCGGUAACUUUUCAAGGCAACUAAGUUUUAACCAGAAAAUAGAUGUAAACAAAAUAAAAAUUCCUGCAAGGCGAAGCUCUACACCGUGUGCACUUUUUCCCGUAGAUAAAGAUGUAUCUUAUGAAUAUGAAAAUAAAGUAUCCGAAAAUAAAUUAUAUGUCAAUAAUAACUCCAACCAGCAAAUUUCAGUAGAUUACAAUGAUGCUAAACCACCACCUCUACCAAAGAAAUCAAUCAAUAAGAAAAUGCCAUACGUCUACAAAACUGUAACAUUGGAUGAGCGUGUUCAAACGAGAAGAAUCAAAUUAAUGCAUUCCCAAAUAUUACCAAUUCAACAUUUGUCUACGCCAAAUUUGAAUCAUAAUGACAUAGUGACAGAACGGCACAUUCAACAACAGCAACCAAUGCCCGAAAGAGAUAUCUUAGGUAGAGGACCGUGUACUAAAAGGUUUAGAAAAAUCAGAUUACUGAAAUCUCGCCUGGAUGAAAGUCUCGGAGUUUAUCUCGCACAGCAUAGAGUAGAUUUCGAUAAUAGUGGUUCCAAUUAUGAAAUACGUUAUAUUGUGGUAAAACUUGAUUUUGAUGGAAUCGCGCACAGAGAUGGACGACUUCGAAUAGGGGAUGAAAUUGUUAAUGUAAAUGGAAGAGUUUUGAGAGGAUUGUCGUCCUUAAAAGAUGUUCAACAUAUAGUUAAUUCAUGUUCCACUGAAACUAACGUCGAGGAAAAAACUCUAUUUCAACGAUAUCAGGUCGAUCUUGUUAUGGCUCAUGAUGAAAUAACACCGGUUACUUUAAGUCGCAUUAUUAACAGUCAACCCUGUGAACCGAUAUCUUCUCCAUCUUCAUUAAAUGUUCCUCCUGAUAUAAUUUCACAAACUGUGCACAAACCGUCUUUAUCUAAUCAACUUACAAUAGAAACACAUUUUCCUGCGGAAGACCAGUACAGUAAACAUAUUACAAAUAAUAAGAAUUCGCGUACAAAUAAAUACGAAACUAACCAGAAAUGUGAAAUUGGAAUUCAAGUUAACCAUGGAGUGAUAUCGAAUCAAAAAAGUGAUGACGAAAAGUUGCUGGAAAGGCGCUAUGCGCAACCUGGUUCACUACAAAAUAUUACGAAUAUAGAAAUUUCAAUGAGGUCUUCUCCAGUGCCAAGAAAUAAGGGAGCAAACGGUUACAGGCCAAUAUCCCUUCAUAGCUCCAGGCCACAACCGGUAAUAGGGAAUUACGCAGCGUGCAAUGAGAACACAUCAAACGAAAUCAAAGAGAAUACGUCACAUUAUAUAAAACAUGUUUCUAGAUUAUACCAAAACAGAUCUUUUGAGAGUAUACCAGAUCAGUUGCGUAGUAGUAGUCGAAGUAGAUUCUUCAACAGAGUUGGAUCACAACGAGGUCCACAGAACGUAAACACACACGUGUCUCGGCAACAGGAGUACAACGCGGCUAUUAAUCACGAACAGCAACAGCAUUCUAAUGGCUCGGUGCACAAAGCUGAAUUCUGGAAGGGGCCAGGCCACAAAAGUUUGGGCUUUAGUAUUGUCGGUGGCACUGAUUCUCCAAAGGGACAAAUGGGAAUAUUUGUAAAGACUGUCUUCCCAAACGGGCAAGCCGCUGACAAGGGAACUAUCUUUGAAGGUGACGAGAUCUUGUCGGUUAACAAUGUUCCAACACGUGGGUUAAGCCACGCUGGAGCUAUUUCGCUUUUCAAACAAGUUAAAGAAGGAAAAAUAGAAUUGACGCUUUCAAGACGAAGAGCACCUAGGUCAAGAUCAGUAGAACCUCUUGGUAAUUUUCGCGCUGACGGCAAAUAAAACAGAACUAAAGGCAUUCAAGACCCCAAAGAAUUCAACAUAUUAUAAUGGUGUGCAAUAUUAAUUUCAUCAAUCAGCCAAAGGCGAAAUUCGUUUUACUCUUAAAUCACAGUUUAUGUCUCACUUUCUUUGUAAUGAAUGAGUACGCAGUACUGUUUAUAGUAUUUCAUUAAAAGUACAUCGUUGUAACAACGAAUAUUUUAGUAUAUAAGCUUAUUUGCUUUGUAAUAUAUGUAUUUGAAUCCUUCUUUUAUAUUUAAGAGCUAUUGUAUACAUUGUGUUUUUACCGAAAAUCUAUAUCUGGUAUGUAAUAGAUAUAAACCAGCUUUAUAUAAUGUGAAUACAAUAAGACUGCAUGUAUAAUAUAAUAUAUAGUAACUUAAUAUUGUUGUAGUAUGAAAUAUUCUUAUGUAGAAAUGCUAGAUCUCGUUCUAGGUGUACGUUAUGUGUACAUAAUCGAGUAAGUCUUGCAUUAAUUCAUUUCCAUUCUUAAUUUAUCAUUUUAACGGAACAGACAAAUCCGAUACGUUCAUUUAAAAAUAGACUGAUGUUUUAGUUUCUUGUAUGUACCUUUACUGCCAAAGUUUUAGACGUAAUACAAAUAAUUUUAAACUUCAUAUCGACGAUUUGUAGAUUUAAUAUACCUAUUAAUUAUUGAUGAAAAACAUAUAGUCUAGCGAGAAAAUGUUGAAGAAAAAGAAAAAAAAUAAAACAAACGUAACAUUUGACACAAAACAGUUUACUUGAACUAGUAGAUUUGAUGUGCAUUUUUAUAUCCAUUUUCAAGAACAAACAUUUUCCUUUCUACUAGUAAGUAUAUUAAAUCUAUAAAACGAAUUCACAACAGAUGAAACAAGAUGUGUUUUAGACUUAAAAGUAUGUGACAUAGGUUAUGGAUAGAAGGAAUUCGUAGAUGCUUACAAGCAAGUGAUCGUAGUAAUACAAAAAGUCCAUAAUAAGGAAUAAAUCAGCGAACAUACUCCGUCCACUUAUAUUGUUAAAUGCAAUUGUUGUACAACUUGUCUUCACUGUUACUAAGAUGUAUUCUGUACUCUAUUCAAACUAUUGGAACCGUCAAUUAUAUUCAAACAAAAUCCAUAACCAGACUGCCAAAGGUUUGUCAGUGGUUCGAAAGACACGACUCUUGUAAAUAAAAUGCGAUACGUCUCUGCUUCGACUAUUUAAAAUAAAAACGCUUACAU